CUUUAACCUCCCUUGUUACAGAACACUUAUUACAAUAUGGCACCUCUUCAAAUCAUAGGCUCCGGCUGGGGACGUACUGGAACUGCUGCUAUGCGCGAGGCUUUACUCACACUUGGCUAUGAUGUCCAUCAUAUGAUCGUUAUCAUGACUGAUCCAAAUGCCGAUGCCGAAGUGUUCAUCGAAGCAUGGGAAGGCAAAGAUGUGGACUGGAACCGUGCCUAUGGAAAAUUCAAUGCCGCCGUUGACUGGCCAUCCUCCACCUUCUACAAGCAGCUUAUGGAAGUCUACCCCGAUGCAAAGGUUAUCCACACCACCCGAGAUCCCGAGAAGUGGUAUAGCAGUGUUAUGAACACCAUUAUGCCCGCAACGGAGAUGAUGAACAAACCUGGUAUGCCUGCUCAUGUUGUCAACGGCCAGCGCAUGGCCAAGGAGGUCAUCUGGGACGGUGAGGUCAAGGGAGAGAAAGACAGAGAAACCAUGGUCCGAAAGUUCAAAGAACACGACGAGGAUGUCAGAAAUUAUGUUCCCGCAGACAGACUCCUUUGGUUCGAGACUGGUGUCGAUGGUUGGGAAAAGCUGUGUACUUUCCUUGGCAAGGAUGUGCCUAACACUCCUUGGCCACAUGUCAACAAAACCGAAGACUUCAAGGCGAGAACUGCCAACUUCCGUGACGGUGCUCCCCUCCAUGAUAUGACUCCCGUUAAUAAAGAUUAAGCGAUGUAUAUUUUCUGUAAUUUGUUAGCCAGUAUGUUUAGUUGUGUGUUGCUUUGGUGGUAAGGGAG